AUGAAUGCUAUGAAUGUUUGGGAUUAUGUGAGGAAAAACAGGCCCUUAGAGGAUAUUAAGAAAGGACUAAUUGACAGAGACGAAUUUUUUGCCCGUCUAAGGAUAGAAGAAGUUGGCAAGAGGUGUAAAAAAUGUGAGAUCAUUGAUUAUAUGCCUCUACUGCUGGAUGAAAGCGGACGUUACCUAGGAUACGAUCCCGAAAACGGUUUUUUAUAUCUAGAUGGACAUAAUCAUCUCAAUGAUUUCGCAAAAGAACGGAUUCGUCCACUGUUCUACCGCCUCGCUAAGGAGUUUGAAAAGGCCAUGCCUACAUAA